CCUGAGCUUGUGUAUGGAUGUAUUUAGCAGUGGACUGUGAUUGAAGAGGUGGGAUGGUUUUUCUUAGUUGAAGUGUUUAAUUUUGUAUUAUGUCGUUUUUCCCAUAAUGUUUUUUUUGUCUUAUUCAAUACCCCGUCCAGCUGGUGGUGGUAAUGCAACAUUAACAUUGGAUACCAACCGCCCUUAAACCCCAUCGAAGAAGAAACAUUGAUCACUUCUCUUGAACAUGGUUUCGUCUUUUUGGAGAGAUGUCGUAGGGGUUGGUCUAUUUGCCCUGGCUCAUGCUGCUUUCUCAGCGGCACAACAUCGAUCCUACAUGCGUCUGACAGAAAAAGAAAAUGAAACCCUACCAAUAGAUAUUGUUUUACAGACUUUGUUAGCUUUUGUUCUGACCAUUUAUGGUAUUGUCCACAUCUCUGGAGAGUUUAAAGAUAUGGAUGCAUCCUCAGAGCUGAAAAACAAGACGUUUGACACAUUGAGGAACCACCCGUCUUUCUACAUGUUCAAUCAUCGUGGUAGGUUGCUCUUCUGCUCUCCCAACCUAGAGGUCUCCAACAUCCCAAACGCAGAGGCCCUGCGAAACCCCCUGCGGCUACGCAAGCUGAAGCAUUUGCACUGAGACUUGCCUUCCCCACCCACAUGUCUUUAUUUCUGUGCACAGAUAAGCUUUUUGGUUAGAACCCACAAAGUCAUUUCUUCUACUUUUAAUUUGCCUUAGUACAUAUAUUAAUAUGCUGUACAAAUGUGUAUCUCAUCCCAUGAAAGUGGUUACCAUAUUUAACUCCUGACAGUCAACCAACCCUACAGUUUUUCGGGCAGAUUUGUUUGUAUAUAAUUGUAAUUGCUUAGAAGUAAACGGAUUUGACACAUCUUCCCCUUAGGGUAAGCUGUAUGUCAAAUCCUUUAAGACUUCCUAAGCAAGUGUUCCCCUUUUUUGGACAAGGGGCAUGAUGUUUUGUUUGCCACAAUACUGUCUGGAACUAUUUUAUUUAUUUAUUUUUUAUCUCCAGAUAUGAGAUUUUGUUUUAUCUCGUCAAAAGUCUACACUUCUGUUGAGAUAAUUCAUGACGUUCUCCUGGAGUUUAAAAUUAGGCUUUGGUGCUUAUUCUGUAUGCAAUAAAGUUACCACGGUCAUUGAAGUCGCAAAGGUCAAGCCUGAAGGAUGCAGCAUGGAAAGCAGAAUAAGUCGGUGUUAAAGCAAUGCUAAUGAUACUGUGAACACAAAGUAGAGACUAAUGGUACAUUUGUUUGGGCAGUGUUUUUUUUUUUUUGGCCUUUUAAGAUUCAACGAUGUUUUAACUUAAAAUCUAUGAUGUUGUCAGUGUGUUAGAUGCAUUUCUGCAUUUAUUGGUUCGAAGAUAACCGAAUGCAUUUAAUG